GUUAUCAGAUAUGUUUUAUGUGUAAGUUUGUAACUACAGACGUUAUACUUCGUCUUAAUGCAUGUUCUCUGUGAUUUCUCAUUAAUAUCACUCUAUUGUUGAUCUGUGAUCUGGUUCUCAAGAUCCUUAUCCCCUUAUGAUUGUGGUGACAGUUUUUGCUUACAAUGAAUAAUAUUUAGGUGUUAGUCUUGAGUUUCAAUUUAUUAUGACUAUUAUUGUUUACGAGGAUUGUAGAAAGGAGCCUCUGUUUUCAGAAUAGGUAAUAUAGUCCAUUGUAGUGGUACAUGUGCUAUACUUAAUAGUAAUUGGCAAACACUUAUCUUUCGAUUUGGAGGAAAAUAGACUUGACUCAGCCAGGUUCAUGUGAGGAAGAGAAAAGAAAGAGGGGAGGCAUAUGAGUGGUUGAGUUCUGCCAGCUGUACUGUAAAACUGAAAGUUCCAGGUGAGUCAGCUGAUUGACGACGAGGCUCCUGUGGAUGUUGGCCAUGGAUGAAGAGCUAUUGCCUUUGGACUGCCUGCUGCCCUCAGGCACACAGAGGAUCUGUCUGAUCAUUCUGAACCAGCCUCUGGAUAAGGACUACCUACAUAUCCUCUGGAAUAAAGCUCUCUUGAAGGCAUGUGCUGAUGGAGCUGCCAAUCACCUUUACACCAUCACUGCUGGAGUUAGAGACAGCUUCCUCCCCGACUAUAUCAGUGGAGAUUUUGAUUCCAUUACUGCAGAGGUCAAAGCUUUCUUUUCAGACAAGGGGUGCAGGCUGAUAGAAACAGCCGACCAGGAUCUAACAGACUUCACCAAGUGUCUUGCAAUCAUGGUGGAGGAAAUUGAGACACGGAAGUUACAGGUGGAUGCCAUAGUGACGCUUGGCGGUCUGGCUGGCAGAUUUGACCAGACCAUGGCAUCUGUUGAGACCCUCCACCACGCUCUGUCCAUGACAAAACUCCCCUUGUUCAUCAUACAGGGGAGCAGCCUGGCAUGUCUACUCAGACCUGGCAGCCACAGACUGGGGGUGAACACAGGCCUGGAGGGCGACUGGUGCAGCCUCAUUCCAGUAGGUGGACCCUGCCAAACAAUCACCACCGGACUCAAAUGGAACCUGAAUAACCAAGUCCUGCAGUUUGGGAAGCUGGUCAGCACCUCCAACACCUAUGAACCCGUUGCCCCUGGAGAGCCCAGGAAGCCUGUGACGGUGACAACAGACCAGUCCCUGGUCUGGAGCAUGGGGAUAUGCAAGGACAGGGGAUGACUCAGAGGAUCUAUUCUUCUUGAUAAAUUAGUUUCAUAGUCUAAUCUCAAGUGGUCAAAAACCUCAUUUAAUUGUUUUUAAAAUGAUAUAAUGGUGGAAAGCAGGAAAAUUCAAAACUGACCUGAUGACUAUUUUUAGUAUUUAUAUCUUAGUGACCACCCUUGAAAGUUGUGUAUCUUGUGUAUCUACUGUACUAGUUUAAUGUUUAGUUUUUACCCAACACUCGAUUGUAAAAGGUUCAGUUCAUGAGCCAUGUAUGGAUUAAUUCCUGCUUCUGAACCUGACUCCCAAUCAGUGUCUGGUCACCUAGAUGUAAACACAUUUUUCAUACCAGAUAGCUUUUAGUUAAUGACUGAGCUGCCAGCAUAUCUUCCUUAGGUAUCUGCUUUAUAUCACAGUCUACAGUAUGUGCCUUUAAUCAGGACUGAUCCACGGUCUUCUUGUGGAUGCCACAUUAACAUGAUCUAGUCUAAGUAUUUGUGCCUUUUGACAACAGUUUCAUGCUGUGGUUCUGAAAGUCAGACAGGUAAGGUAACGUGCUGCAUGCUGCAGUUAACAAACAGGAGAUGUGGACAGACAGCACAAGCGAAUCUCUGGGUUUCAAUUUGUUUUAUUUACACAGCGAAAUAUAAAUGUUGUGUACAGAAUGUAGAAAUGCCAUCCCUUCAGUUCCCGAUCACACCAGCCCGAUAACGUUUGUCUCCAGAUCCUCUCCUGCCCCCCGAUAUCAAAGUUUGUGUUUUUGCUCAACCAGGAUCUAACCAC